UGCCUCUUGCUAGCCUCCUCCGUUCUGGUGUAGCGGUACUGGAGACACGCAAUGCUGCCAGAUUUAGAGGUCCCACCUGCUUAACGCUUUGCGGCUUCUUCUGCCAGCCAACGGGAGUGAAAAAUGCUGAGCCUCAGGAGCAGGAGGGCAAGCCUUUUCCCUAACUACAAAGUUGGGCUGAGCGCGUGCGAUGGCAGAGACUCCGGGGGGGACUACAGCAUCCCAUUCGCUAAGGACAGCUGGGUCAAGCAGUGGAAUUCCAUGGAGGAUGUGAGCAGGGACAUUUACGACAUCUACGCCGAGUAUGAGGAAGAGGAGAACCAGUCACCUUUCAGACUCUCCUUGCCUGCCAAGAAUUACAUGCUCAACCUCAACGUAGGGGGAAAGGUGUACCAGAUCUCCUCCAGGGAGGCAGCAAGGUACCCCAAAACCAGGAUUGGGCGGCUGGCUAUCUACACAGAUCACAACAGGAAGCUGGACCUCUGUGAUGACUACACCGUCCAGAACAACGAGUACUUCUUUGACCGGGACCCGGACAUCUUCCACAACAUCUUCAACUUCUACAGGACGGGCAUGCUCUGGAUUAAGGAUGAGCUGUGUCCCCGGAACUUCCUGGAGGAGAUCAACUACUGGGGCGUCCGCAUCAAGAACGCCCACCGCUGCUGCCGGAUCUCCUUCGAGGAGCGGCACGACGAGCUCAACGACCACCUGAAGGUGCAGCAGGAGCUGCAGGACGAGGUGGAGAUGGAGGAGAACGACGAGCUGUUCGAGAACAUGGCCAUGGGCCAGGUCCGGCGAGCCGUCUGGCACCUGAUGGAGAAGCCCUUCUCCUCCAUCAAGGCCAAGCUGAUGGCGGUGGCCUCCAGCUUCUUCGUGCUGGUGUCGCUGGUGGCCAUGUCGCUCAACACGGUGGAGGAGAUGCAGAACGAGCCGCCCGCUGGUAGGCAGCGCGGGAGGACCUACGGGGAGUGCGUGGAGAGCUUCUGCAUCGCCUUCUUCACCGUAGAGUACCUGCUGCGGCUGCUGUCCACACCCGACCUGCGCCGAUUCGGCCGGAGCGUGCUCAACGCCGUGGACCUGAUCGCCAUCCUGCCGCAGUACCUGCAGGUGGGGCUGGAGCUGCUGGAGACCGAGGACUACGGGGUGCAGGACAGCGACCUGAAGACGGUGGGGCAGGUGGGCAAGGUGGGCCAGGUGCUGCGCAUCAUGCGCCUGAUGCGCAUCUUCCGCAUUCUGAAGCUGGCGCGCCACUCCACGGGCCUGCGGGCCUUCGGCUUCACCCUGCGCCAGUGCUACCAGCAGGUGGGCUGCCUCUUCCUCUUCAUCGCCAUGGGCGUCUUCACCUUCUCCGCCAUGGUCUACACCGUGGAGCAUGACGUGCACCAGACCAACUUCACCAGCAUACCCCACGCCUGGUGGUGGGCAGCGGUCAGUAUAUCCACAGUGGGAUACGGGGACAUGUUUCCGGAGACGCACCUGGGCCGACUGUUCGCCUUCACCUGCAUAUCCUUCGGGAUCAUCCUGAACGGCAUGCCCAUCUCCAUCCUGUACAACAAGUUCUCCGACUACUACGCCAAGCUGAAGGCCAACGAGUGCAUGUCCAAUUUCAAGAACCGCGGCAAGGUGCGGUUCGCCAAAAGGGCGGCCAGGAAAAUGGCAGAGUGCUGUGGGGGCACUCGCCACUCCUGACCAAUCAACAGCCGCCCCGCUCUCCUGAAGAAUGUACUGUAUGUGAAGGGAAAGCAUAACUAAAAUGCUAUACUUUUUUAUCACUACAUAGACUGUAAGCUGAGCUGCAUUUAGUAUACUGUUGUGCAAUGUCCAUAACAAGCCUAGACAGUACAAAGAAUCUGAGCCAAACGUGAUAACCGGGAAACUUUUGUGUGCCACUGGUCCGAUAAGAAGAGGGAAGUAUUUUCAUUGUUGGCUUUCACUCAGCUAUAGCCUGAAGUUGUAAAUCUGCCCCAGUAUAUCAGGGGAAUAUUGUUCAAGCAUAGGGUGGGAUCAGAGGUAGAAAGUCCAAAGGUCAGAAAGUUAAAGUCCUGCCUUGUGUUUCUACCACCUAUGAACUCAGCCAGCUGAAUACACAAGUUAGUUCAAAUCUAGUUUCUGAUCCUGGAUUUUUCACCUGUGUGUGGGACGAAUUUCAUUUUCUUGAUUCAAAUUCAGGAUUUUUUUUUUGUGUUCUUUUCAAACCCUGUUCUAUAGUUC